CGCGGAAGCAGCGUCUCCCAAAGUACGACUAGCAAUCCCCGGCCCGUUGGCUUUCGAAAAGGUGUCUCCAGGAGCUCACAACAACCAACACAACCAUUCCACGUCCACUUCUUCUUUCUUCUCCUACGGCUGUUGUGGAGUUAUUCUUCCUCCGUUCUCUCCUUCAGCCCACACUCUUUUCUGCUGUUGCCCGCCUAAAGCCGCCCAGCAGCUGAUCAAUCACCAGUGGACGUGCCCGAGGCCGCAGGGGGGCCGGUCGCAAUCAUGGCGCUUCCCAUCAAGUUCACUGAAUUGGUUCAAUUGACCAACCUUGACAUUGCGCCAGCUUCGAUCUCCUUCAAUACCUGUACACUAGAAUCCGACCACUAUGUUUGCGUACGACAGAAACUUAAUGAACAAGACAAGCCUCAAGUCAUAAUCGUAAACCUCAAGAACAACAAUGAAGUCAUCAAACGCGCUAUCAGCGCCGACAGUGCCAUCAUGCAUUGGACCCGUGGGAUUUUGGCUCUCAAGGCACAAGGAAAAACAAUCCAGGUCUUCGAUCUUGCGGCCAAGGCCAAAUUGAAGUCCACGAUCAUGGCCGAGGACGUUGUCUUCUGGAAAUGGUACAGCGAACGCAGCUUGGGCCUGGUUACAGAUACCUCGGUCUAUCACUGGGACGUCUUCGAUCCUACACAAACAGCCCCCGUCAAGAUGUUCGAGCGCAAUCCCAACUUGAAUGGUUGUCAAAUCAUCAAUUACCGUGUGAGCGACGAUGAACAGUGGAUGGUGGUUGUGGGCAUAUCUCAGAGAGAAGGCAGAGUGGCUGGUACGAUGCAGCUUUACUCGCGUAACCGUGGUAUCUCUCAACACAUCGAAGGUCACGCCGCAGCGUUUGGGACUUUCCAUGCAGAGGGUAACCCUCUCCCGCACAAGUUGUUUACCUUCGCCGUACGGAAUGCCGCCGGUCAAGGUAAACUCCACGUGGUGGAGAUCGACCCGAGCGAGAGCAACACGAGGUUCACCAAGAGAGCCGUGGAUGUCUACUUCCCCGAUGAGGCUGUCAACGAUUUCCCCGUGGCCAUGCAGAUCUCCAAGAAGUACAGCAUCAUCUACAUGAUCACGAAAUACGGGUUCAUUCACCUGUACGAUCUUGAAACUGCCACAUGCAUCUUCAUGAACCGCAUCUCCAGCGAAACCAUCUUUGUCACGGUCCCUGAUUCAGAGUCGGCCGGCAUUGUUGGCAUCAACCGGAAAGGCCAGGUACUUUCGGUCAGCGUUGAUGAGAAUACCAUCAUUCCCUACCUGCUCCAGAACCCCGCCAACUCUACGCUGGCUGUCAAGCUGGCGUCAAGAGCCGGGCUUCCAGGUGCCGAUAGUCUGUACCAACAACAAUUCGAGACCCUCUUUGCUCAAGGCAACUACGCCGAGGCUGCUCAGAUUGCGGCAGACUCGCCCAGAGGUUUCCUACGGACACCCGAGACUAUCAAUCGUUUCAAGACCGCACCACAACAGCCCGGGCAACUUUCGGUCAUCCUUCAGUAUUUCGGCAAGCUACUCGACAAGGGAAGACUGAACAAGUAUGAGAGCGUGGAAUUGAUCAAACCGGUUUUGGCGCAGAAUCGCAAAAAUCUCCUCGACAAGUGGAUGAGCGAAGGCAAGUUGGAGCCAUCGGAAGAGCUUGGCGACAUUGUUCGCUUGCAUGACUUGGAGCUUGCUCUGAAGAUUUACCGCGAAGCCAACGUGCCCCCAAAGGUAGUGGCAGCUUUGGCGGAGACCGGACGGCUAGACGAGAUCCUUCCAUACGCGCGGGAGUCGAACUAUCAGCCAGAUUUCACUACCUUGCUCCAACACGUUGUGCGGUCCAACCCUGAGAAAGGCGCGGAGUUUGCAACCCAAUUGGCCAACAAUGAAGGUGGUCCUUUGGUUGACAUCGAGCGAGUCGUUGAUGUUUUCAUGUCUCAGAAUAUGAUCCAACAGGCAACUGCCUUCCUUCUUGAUGCUCUAAAAGAGAAUCGGCCGGACCAGGGUCAUCUGCAGACGCGCUUGUUAGAGAUGAAUCUCAUCAAUGCACCACAAGUCGCCGAUGCUAUUCUUGGGAAUGAGAUGUUCUCUUACUACGACAAGCCUCGGAUCGCUCGUCUAUGUGAACAAGCGGGUUUGCUGCAGCGUGCGCUUGAGAACACCGAUGACCCAGCCACUAUCAAGCGCAUCAUUGUCCAAACUGACAAGCUUAACCCUGAGUGGCUCCAGCAAUACUUUGGCCGAUUGACAGUUGAGCAGUCCCUCGAAUGUUUGGAUGAGAUGCUCAAGGUGAAUAUUCGUCAAAACCUGGCUCCAGCAAUUCAAAUCGCGACCAAAUUCUCAGAUCUAUUAGGUCCAAACCGUCUAAUUGCAUUGUUCGAAAAGCAUCGGACGGCGGAGGGCCUCUACUAUUAUCUUGGAAGCAUCGUCAACCUCAGCGAAGACCCAGACGUUGUCUUCAAAUAUAUCGAGGCUGCCGUGGCAAUGCAGCAAUUCCAAGAAGUUGAGAGGAUUUGUCGCGAGAACAACCACUACAACCCAGAGAAGGUCAAGAACUUCCUUAUUGAGGCACGCUUGACUGAUCAACUCCCGCUGAUCAUUGUGUGCGAUCGUUUCAACUUUGUUAAGGAUUUGGUCAAUUACCUGUACCGCAACCAGCAUUUCAAAUCCAUCGAGGUGUACGUCCAACGCGUAAAUCCAUCCCGCACCCCAGCUGUGGUCGGAGCCUUGCUUGCCCUGGAUUGUGAGGAAUCAGUCAUCAGGGACCUUUUGUCGUCGGUCGAUCCUGCAGCAGUGCCCAUGGAUGAGCUCGUCAACGAAGUUGAGACCCAGAACCGCCUGAAGCUGUUACUGCCCUUCCUCGAGAGAACAUUGGCGCAGGGCAUUCAACAGCCUGCUGUUUACAACGCCCUGGCCAAGAUCUACAUUGACAGUAACCACGACCCUGAGAAGUUCCUCAAGGAGAAUGACUUGUACGACACCCUGACGAUCGGUAAAUACUGCGAAAAGCGCGAUCCCAACUUGGCCUACAUCGCCUAUCGCAAGGGUCAGAAUGACCUCGAGCUGAUCAAUGUCACCAAUGAAAACUCCAUGUUCAGAGCUCAAGCCCGCUAUCUUCUCGAGCGCGCCGACCCGGAGAUCUGGGCAUUCGUCCUCUCGGAAAACAAUCCCCAUCGGCGAUCACUGAUCGAUCAGGUUAUUGCCACAGCGGUACCAGAGUCGACAGAACCAGAUAAGGUCUCGGUUGCAGUCAAGGCAUUCUUGGAUGCGGAUCUCCCAGCUGAGUUGAUUGAGUUACUCGAAAAGAUCAUUCUUGAGCCAUCUCCUUUCAGCGAGAACAGCAGCCUGCAAAACCUGCUCAUGCUCACUGCGGCGAAAGCUGAUAAGUCUCGUCUUAUGGACUACAUUCAGCGGCUUUCAGAGUUCAGCACGGAAGAGAUUGCAAACAUGUGUAUCCAACAAGGCCUGUACGAGGAGGCACUCGAGAUCUACAAGAAAGUCAAUGAUCAUCUUGCUGCUGCCAACGUCCUGGUUGACCACAUUGUCAGCAUCGACCGUGCUCAAGAGUAUGCCGAGAACGUUGACUUACCUGAAGUCUGGAGCAAAGUUGCAAAGGCCCAACUUGACGGGUUGAGAGUUAGCGAUGCAAUUGAGUCGUACAUCAAAGCACAGGACCCGAGCAACUACAACGAGGUUAUCGAGACUGCCACGCACGCAGGUAAAGACGAGGACCUUGUCAAGUUCCUCAAGAUGGCGCGCAAGACCCUGCGUGAACCGGCCAUUGAUACUGCGCUCGCCUUCUGCUACGCCAGAUUGGAUCAGCUACCCGAGCUUGAAGACUUCCUCCGUUCUCCUAAUGUCGCCGACAUCGAAGCCUGUGGUGACAGAGCGUGCGAGGAAGGUUACCAUCAGGCAGCCAAGAUUUUCUACACCAGCAUCUCCAACUGGGCCAAGUUGGCAACCACCCUGGUUCACCUCGGUGAAUAUCAGAAUGCGGUGGACUGUGCCCGGCGGGCAAACAGCGUCAAAGUCUGGAAGCAAGUCAACGAGGCGUGUGUUGCAAAGAAGGAGUUCCGUCUUGCGCAGAUUUGCGGUCUCAACCUCAUUGUCCAUGCGGAAGAACUGCAAGACCUUGUCAAACAGUACGAGCGUGAAGGAUACUUCGAGGAGCUCAUCUCGUUGCUCGAAGCCGGGUUGGGACUUGAGCGGGCGCACAUGGGCAUGUUUACUGAACUUGGCAUUGCGCUCUCCAAGUACCACCCCGAGCGGGUGAUGGAGCACCUCAAGCUCUUCUGGUCGAGAAUCAACAUUCCCAAGAUGAUUCGGGCUUGCGAGGAGGCCCAUCUCUGGCCCGAACUCAUAUUCCUGUACUGCCAUUAUGACGAGUGGGACAAUGCAGCAUUGGCCAUGAUGGAACGUGCUGCGGAUGCCUGGGAGCACCAUUCAUUCAAGGACAUCAUUGUCAAGGUGGCCAACCUCGAAAUCUACUAUCGGGCUCUGAACCACUACCUGCAGGAGCAACCUCUGUUGUUGACCGAUUUGCUGCAAGUGCUCACGCCGCGGAUUGAUGUGAAUCGCGUGGUGCGCAUGUUUGAGAAGUCGGACAACAUCCCCAUCAUUAAGCCAUUCCUGCUCAGCGUCCAAAGCCAGAAUAAGCGGGUUGUGAACAAGGCGAUCCACGACCUCCUCAUCGAAGAGGAAGACUACAAGACAUUGAAGGAUUCGGUGGAAAACUACGACAACUACGACGCGGUCGAACUUGCGCAACGGCUCGAAAAACACGACCUUGUCUUUUUCCGACAGAUUGCGGCGCAGAUCUAUCGCAAGAACAAGCGAUGGGAGAAGUCUAUUGCCUUGUCGAAACAAGACAAGCUGUUCCGUGAUGCCAUUGAGACGGCGGCGAUGUCUGGAAAGCCCGAAGUGGUGGAAGACCUCUUGAGAUAUUUCGUCGACAUUGGCAGCCGCGAGUGCUACGUCGGAAUGCUGUAUGCAUGCUACGAUCUGAUCCCAUUACAUCUUGUGAUGGAGAUUUCGUGGCGUCACGGCCUCAAUGAUUUCACCAUGCCCUUCAUGAUCAGUUACAUGAGCCAGCAGUCGGCCACGAUUGAACAGUUACGCAAAGACAAUGAGGAGCGCAAGGCCAGAGAGGCGAGUCAGCAGAAGACUGACGACAACACUCCAAUCAUUGGAAGCCGACUCAUGCUAACACAAGGGCCCGCCAACUUGGCACCAACCCCGACGGGUUUUGGACAGACAAACGGCAUCACCCCGCAACCCACCGGAUUCCCUCGGGCUUUCUAGGUGAGCAGAUCAGGCCAAGCGAUUCCGGGGAGACAUACCCGCGGGUAUUUUCGGGGCGGACCUAGGCUCGGAUCCGAGAUCAUGUGUAAACAGAACUAUGUCUAGGGAAAAAACCGGCGAAGAUCGAGUCAUAUGGGGCGGCUAGGUCUGCGAUGUGCUUCCUCGGGGGGCAAUGUCGGAGGCUUUUGACGCGAGGAUGGAGGAAAGCCAAUCUUAUCAGCAAAAUGGCCAAAGCAGGUGCUUUGUAAGAUGUACUUGACUAGUAGUCCGGGGUUCAACGCCAAAUUCAGACUGGCUUGAUGGGGACAUAAAUGGUGAUGUGUAUUCAAUCAAGCGGCAUAGCAACGAGCAAGUUGACCUUGACAAGCUGGGUUGCUCUUGUAGAAAAGUAAUAACUAUUCCCAAUAAUGCCACUGUUAGUAUGAUACGGUA